CUGUGCUGUGGGGUUCUGAGAGGACCUUGCGCUGUCCUGGGAAGCAAUGCAAGUCUCCAUAGCCUGCACAGAGCACAAUUUGAAGAGUCGAAAUGGUGAGGACCGACUUCUGAGCAAGCAGAGCUCCACCGCCCCCAAUGUGGUGAACGCAGCCCGGGCCAAAUUCCGCACUGUCGCUAUCAUCGCUCGCAGCCUGGGGACCUUCACCCCUCAGCACCACAUUUCUCUCAAAGAGUCCACCGCAAAGCAGACUGGCAUGAAAUAUAGGAUAUAGUAUGAGUGCAUGGAGUGAUUGUUAAGAAUAAAUAGUAAAUGAUUUUGUGCAACAAGGAAGGUGAUCAUCUCUCUCGUCUACAUAAUCC